GGGACUUCCUGUCCCUGCUCUAACAGCUUCCGGGAGAAGCCGGAAGAAACCGGGCCCUGGAUAGAAUCGGGGAGUGCCAGCCCCUCCGGAAAAAUGAAACCAGAGACCGCCCUAGGGAAGUCAGGACACUGAUCCUGGCCUUUUCAGCCACGUCAGUGACAGAAUCGCUGCCGUUGUUUUGCUCAGCGGUUGCAGUGUGCCAGCCAUUGCGCUAAUUAUUUUGCUUCGAUGAUUUCACGUCAUCUUCAGAGUAACCUUAUGAGUGUGGACCCGGGCAGCAGCCAGGCCAUGGAGCUUUCUGGUGUCACCCUCAUGGAGGGUGUGGGUAAUGAGGUGACUGUGGUGGCAGGUGUGGUGGUGCUGGUUCUAGCCCUGGUCCUAGCUUGGCUCUCUACAUAUGUGGCAGACAGCGGUAGCAGUCAGCUCCUGGGAACUAUUGUGUCAGCAGGCGACGCCUCCGUCCUGCACCUGGGCCACGUGGACCAGCUGGUUUCAGGCCCAGGCGCCCCCCAGCCCACCGAGCUGCCCCACCCAUCAGAGGGCAGUGAGGAGAAGGCUGAAGAGACCUGCACAGGCAGGGGCGACACGGCAAGGGAGCUGGGUGCCGGGGCAGGUGUGGAGCCCAACCUAGAGCAGCUCCUGGACAUCCAGGGCCUGCCCAGGUGGGAGGUGGCUGCAGAGAGUGGUGGUCCAGCAGCCCUGCCUGAGUCAGAUGGGGGCCCCUGCCUGCCUUCUGCUGCCGGCCUCAUCAACCUGCGGCUCAAAUUCCUCAAUGACACUGAGGAACUGGCUGUGGCCAAGCCGGAGGACACUGUGGGUGCCCUGAAGAGAAAAUACUUCCCUGGACAAGAGAAUCGGAUAAAACUCAUCUACCGGGGCCGCCUGCUGCAGGACCCUGAGCGCACACUGCACUCCCUGAACAUCACUGACAGCUGUGUGAUCCACUGUCACUGCUCACCCCUGGGGACUGCUGCCCCGGACUCCUCAGCCCCCCUGGCCCCCUCAGCUGCAGAACCACCCAGCCUAGGUAUCAGUGCAGGCAGCCUCAUGGUGCCUGUGUUCGUGGUGCUCUUGGGCGUGGUCUGGUACUUCCGGAUCAACUACCGCCAGUUCUUCACAGCCCCUGCCACAGUCUCCCUAGUGGGCAUCACGGUCUUCUUCAGCUUCUUGGUCUUCGGGCUUUAUGGGCGCUAGGACCUUGGGAGACAUGCAGGGCAUGGUCCUCCUCCACUGCCACCUCCCUUUCCUGGCUGCAGCUGGGCCAGGCUGGAGGGGGGUAGCCAGGAUGUGAUUCCUAGGUCAGGGUCAGCAGGUGGGCAUCAGGCUGCCUGCUGGGUCAGGAGCAGACAUCCCCCUCUGUGCCACCACAACUCAGGUAGUGUGCAGGUGCCACCUCCUUUCUGAAGCUCAGAGCCCACCUGACUGGUGGGAAGCUUGGAGUGGCUCCCCAGUGUCUGGGCUUGGGCAUGGCUGCAGGCACCCUUGGUGUCAGUCCUGAGACUGCUGUGGCACUGGGGGGGGGGGGUUUGUGCCUGCCCACCACCCAAAUAGGGGACCUUCCCUCCUUAUAGCACCUUGCUGGCCUCUUUAUUAGUCCUUUAUGGGCUCAGAUGGGAAGGCAUCAGACCCCAACUGCUGCACCCCUAGGUCCAGGACUACAAGUGGAGCCCUGGUUGUCAGCCAGACCCUGCCUACCAGGUUCCAAGGUGUCAUCAGGUAAAAGAUCCUUGUUUGUGAAUGAAUAAAAUUGCAUUUUGUGGCCAAGGCACUUCCUGUAACAUCCAGAACGUGGCUCUGCCCUGCCCCAGCACUGUGGCAAUGAGGGCAGGGAGGCCAGGCUACCAAUGGGAGAUGCAGUUUAUUUACACCAGCAGCCAGGGCAGAGGGUACACAGCGUUUACAAAGUUAGCUACCUGUACAGGAUGGAUUAUAUGCAAAAAUAAAAAUCUCAAGACCACA